AUGAGGGUCGCCCGAUACCAUGGCCGGCGAGACGUUCGAAUCGAAAGUAUUCCCACGCCGGAACCUGGCCCUGGGGAAUGUCUGAUCGAGGUGGAAUGGUGUGGCAUAUGUGGCACUGACUUACAUGAAUACCUUGCAGGUCCAUUGGGAAUUCCCACCCAAGACCGUCCCGACCCCCUGACGGGAGGAACUAUGCCCGUCACGAUUGGACACGAAGUCUGUGGCCGUAUCAAGACUGCUCCUCCUGGAUCGAACUUGCAGGAAGGUCAACCAGUCAUGGUGGAUCCUCAUGUCCCGUGCCGGAAGUGCCUUUCAUGCAACUCUGGUUAUGACCACUUAUGCGAUAAGCUUGCAUUUAUCGGCAAUAGCGGACGUAGUUGCGGUGGAGGGCUGGCAGAGUUUGUGGCCGUCAAUGCUGAGCACGUCCAUCCUCUUCCCGCGAAUGUUAGUCUCGAUUUUGCAGCCCUCAUCGAGCCAUUGGUGGUUGGCUAUCACGCGACACAGCAAGCGGGCGUCAAUUUAGAAGGCAAAAGCAUCCUCAUUCUCGGCGCUGGGCCUAUCGGCAUGGCUUUGAUAUCCAACCUCCGAGCGUGCCGAGUCAAACAAAUUUUGGUCAGCGAGCCCACGGCGAAGCGAUCCUUGACUGUGAAGGAUCUGGUCGAGAGGAUUAUUGACCCCAGAUCGGAGGACGUGGGAGAUGUUUGUCGCCAGCUAACUCAUGACAAAGGCGUGGAUAUUGUUUUUGACUGUGCCGGUGUACAAGUGGCGAUGGAUGCAGGGCUUGAUGCUCUCGCGUUCAAAGGUACCUACGUCAAUAUCGCUCAGUGGGAAAGACCGUUCGGUGUCAACUUCAGACCCUUCUUCCUGAAGGAGAUCAACAUUGUCAGUUGCUGCUGCUAUAAUGACAAAGACUUUCACGAAGUGUUAGAACUGGUUAGAAACGAAGACAAGUUACAUGGGUAUGAGCAGAUGGUGACAAAGCGUAUUGCCUUGGAGGACCUCAUCUCCUCUGGCCUCGAAGAGUUGAUCAAUCACAAGGAUGAUCACAUCAAAAUACUCGUCUCACCUAAACUCAAGGCUGCAAAGUAG